UGUUCUAUUGUUCACUCCCGGAGGCGGCUAUGGAAGAAAGUUUCAAGGUCCGAGUAGACAAAAUAUUCGGCUCCUUAGCGUCUUCAUCAUCAUCAUCAGAAACUACAGAAACAACUCCGUCUUCGUCUCUCUGGUCCCUCACGGACGAAGAAAUCGAGAGGAGACAAUGGGUACGAGACAAGACCAUCCCCGAAUCCGAAUUGGAGCUUGUCUUUGGCAACCAAGGGAAGGGGGCGGAGAAGGAAAUAAGUCCCGUGGAUUUGAGGGAUGAGCUGGAGAAGGACCUCGAAGACCUUGACGAAGAUGAUGUGGAGGAGGAGGAGGACAACGACGACGAACCGCGGCGGCGACAGUCGAAUAAACCGGACGACUAUGACGAGGAACAGUGGGACAUUAAGUCUGGUAUUGGCCAAGACUGUACCUUGGAUUACGAGGAAGAGGAAGACGGAUAUGAUAAACUGGCUGUUGGCAGGGAAAAGCCAGGGGAACGCUUGUAUCUGAGGGAUAUAGCUGAUUAUGGUAUAGAUGUAGACUCUUGCAACGAGCUUCCUGUUUCCUUUGAGGAAGUUAUUAGAGACCCACGAGCGAAUCACCUGGCUGCAAAGAUUAGGCUCGAAGAAGAUGCAGAAGCAGCUAAGAGCAUUGAUUCAUUGCGGGUCUCUGAGAAAGAUUCACCAGACGGAGAACAUACUCAAAUGAAAACGUCUGAGCAUGUUGCUAAGCCCAAAUCUAUUCUCAAGAGGAAGGAUGUCCCAUUGGACUCCAAGUCAGAGAAACGUGUCCGGUUCGAACCCGAAUGUAAGGAUGAUUGUGAUGAAGGUUCUGAAGUGAAUCAAGAUCAUAACACUAUGGAUACCAGUUCAGUGGAAAAGGCUGCAGUUUCAAAUGAGGCUAACUUUUCAACUGGAGACUAUUCUUCUGCAGUUCCAGAUUAUAUACGAAAUCCUUCGAAAUACACGCAUUACAGCUUUGAUUCGUCGAGUGACAUGGAUGAACAAUCUAACAAGGAAGCCUAUAUGGACUUUCUAAAGCUGAUGAAGAGGUCAAAUUCUAUGGAAUCACAGGGAGAUGAUUUUUCCAAUGAUCUUCCAUCAGUCACCUUUAUACCAAAGAGGAGAGCAGGUGAUACUAUAAUGGAAGAAAAUACUACAGUCUCGAAGCAAAGCCAGGAUGAUGGUGGUAAGGAGUUUAUGCAUAGGAGAGGCCCCAUUGCAAUUGCAGAUAGGGGUACGGAAGAAACUGAAGUUUGUGCAAUGGAAGAAGAUGUAACGGAACCUGUAGCUGAUGGAAGAAACAGCUCGCAGAGAGUGAGCCGAAAGUAUAGGACGAAAUCCAGGGUAGAGUUGGAUGAGUCUAAUGUUUGAUUGCCUGAUGGGGAGCUUUUCUCCUUCUGUGUUGAAUGUCAAUGUUUUGUAUGCAGAUGUCUCUUUCUCUCGCUUUACUAGAACAAAUGUCGUAUACUUGUUUAGGGUUGAAAGCUUUUUUGUUUUGUUCGUGACAGAAUCCAGAUUGAUCCACCGUUCAAGCUGU